GCUGGUAUUGCGUUGUAUUAGUAUUUUGCACUGCACAGACAAUAGACAGACCACAACAGGAUAAACGAGAUCAGCAACCACCAUCUUCAGCAUUCCUUUAGACGCUCAUUCUUGUUUACAGAAGUGUUCGUUAGUUCUUCCGCCAUUUCUGAAAUUUAACAGCUGAAGGACACUCGAGAGGAGGGAGAUAAGAAGAGACUGUUGAAAUGUCGAGUGACAUCGGAGACUGGUACCGGGGCAUCCCGCAACUAACCCGUUAUUGGUUUACAGGUUCAGUCGCCCUGCCACUACUAGGCAGAAUAGGCUUGGUGACCCCAGUGCACAUGAUUAUGCACUUCCAGCUGGUGUUCUACAAGUUCCACUUGUGGCGUCCCAUAACUGCAUUGUUCUACUACCCCAUCACCCCCCAGACGGGAUUCCACUAUCUGAUGAACCUGUACUUCCUCUACUCCUACUCAACACAACUGGAAACUGAGCUAUAUCAGGGUCGUCCGGCGGAGUACCUGUUUGCUCUGGUGUUCAUGUGGCUGUGCAGUGUGGUGAUGGCGUGUGUGGCCGAAGUGGCUCUUCUGAUGGACCUGAUGGUGAUGGCGGUGCUGUACUUGUGGUGUGCCAAUAACAAGGACACUAUCGUCCGCUUCUGGUUUGGAACACAGUUCAAGGCAAUGUAUCUUCCAUGGGUGCUGUUUUUGUUCAAUCUGAUCAUCAGGGGAGGAGGUAUGGACCAGCUGAUGGGAAUCAUAAUCGGACAUAUCUACUUCUUCUUGAUGUUCAAAUACCCUCAGGAUUUCGGUGGCCGGCAGUUAAUCCACACUCCGCAGAUAUUCUACAAGUGGUUUCCCUCCACCAGGGGAGGAGUGCAUGGCUUCGGACAGAGACCCUUCGGAGGCACGCAACAGAGGGGAGCUGACGAUCAGGCGCACAGAUGGGCUGGCAGUGGACACAGGCUGGGAGGAAACUAGAGAGCAAACAUGUGAAGACUAAAUAAAAAUUGUAGACUCUAACAAUUAAAAUACAUGGGAUGAGGAUGGGCUGCAAAAUCGGCCAAUGAAUUAAUGUUCCGGUCUCGACUUGACUUGACCUCUACCUGAAGAUGAUAGCAAUAUCUAAGGGUGUGCCUUAACGAACAGUUGCAAAUAGGCAUUGAGAAAUAAGAUAAUGAGUGAAAUCACUUAUUACAUCUGUGUUAUGAUUUAAAUUGAGAGGCGUGGACCUAACGUUAUGGCCUUCUACGUGUAAAAAGGUUAUUUAAUGGUGCGAAAGUCUUGAUCUAUCUAUGUGUUGAUGUAAAAGGAAACUCCAAAUUACAAAUAGCUUCGUAGUUGCGAAAAAGAUUGUUCAUUUGGUUUUAAAAUCAAAGGUAUUCUGUGAGUUAGCCUUUACAUUUACUACUCAUUGCUGUAAAUAUACUAUAAGCUGUAUGUCGUGUUACAAAGCUAUAGAUGUAAUCGAGGCCAAGUUUUUCCUAGUAGGCUCCUGGUGUCGUGUUUGUAAUUCUAAAUUUCAUUCCUUCUUUUCCUGAAAAUAUAAAAUGCUUUCAUUUUGCUGUUUAUGGUUGAAAAUUGUGUGACUUAAAUAGGUACUAAUAGAUGUUUUAAAAAUGAGUCGAUGAAAUUUAAUUUAUCAGUGUUUGUA